AUGGAAACUACAAUACGUCACUGUCUGAAUCUGGAAUAUGGAAGAUCAUGUGCUUUCUGCAUGACUGGUACCGUUCCUCCAAUCGAAGUGUUGCUUUUGGGCGGUGUCUCCACGUUGGUGAUUGAGGUGAAAGAGAGGACUAGAACAAGUCAAAAAAAAAUUUUCCAGCCAAAAGAUCCCCCAUACUCCACAGAGUUAGUGUGAAAUACACUAGGGCGCGUGAAAAUCACUCGGGCAAGAAAAGGCGAGACGCGAAUGUACUAAUUCUCUCCUUGCCCCCCGUUCAACAUUUCCUGUAGCCUGUUAUGUUCCAGGCGUUCAGAUAGUAGAGCGCGGAGGGUACAAUUUAACUCGCUCCCCACUGACCGUAGCCUCCCACGCAGGCGUUUUUAGGGGAGCUCGUGGGGAGGGACGAAAUACGAGCUCCGCUAAAAACGCCUGCGUGGGAGGCUACACUGACCGCCGUGCUCUACUAUCUGAACGCCUGGAACCAGAGAAAACCGUUUUUCAGUGCAACCCAUAAAACGGCCAUAAAUCGGCCAAUGGACCACACAGGAGAGACGUAACACACAUUUUUUUAUUUAAGAUAAGCUGUUUUUAUUGAAAUCCUUUCAUUUUCGUAGGUCACGGAAACGAUAGGUUUUUUUCCCAUACAAAUCCUUAUAUUUCGAAUGUUACGCAACAAUACCGAUGUUCGCCGAUGCCCAUAUUUCGAUGAUAAAGGAUUAAAUUACCGGCAAAAACCGUGGACGAAGAUCCUGCUAGUUGUAAACGUUGGAUUUCGAGCUUGGGCUACCUGUGCUGGAACAGGCUUCAUUUCAUGCGAGAGCAGACACCCUUAAGGGAUCAAUACUGUUAAUUGUUGAUAAGAUGACAACAAGUAGGAAUCCACUAAAUACACAUUGGUAUAUAACUAAAGGGAGGGGGAGAAGAAAGGUUAAGAAAGUUUCCUGGCUGCCCCGCCUACUGCGCGCCAUUUUUCGCUUGGUGGGGGUCUGGGGUUGCGCCUCGGUACCAGGCUCGCAAACACGUGUCAGUCAGUUGUCAGAGUUGAUGUUUAUUUCUUUCACGACCAGCAGUUAUCUGAAUUUUCAGCUACGCGGAUUGAAACAACUUCUCUCGCAGUCAGCGUUUCUUCAGGUAAAACUCAUUUUUAAAAAUAUGUUACAACAGAACGGGGAACGUAGAAGCAAGACAGACGACGAACGACAGAGUCUGAUCGAAAAUACGACGCGUUCUUUGUCCAGCUGCUUUGUCGGGCUGCCUUGUUUGCACAAUGGGUCAAAGAACUUCGUUUUGAAAAGAUUACUUUCACUUUUAAGUUUCGACCUAAACUUAAAUGUGUCAGAGAUAGAAAUACUCGAAGUUUAUUUUUGAACUGUCCAGUCUAUAAAAAAAAUUGUAAUUCGUUUAAACGGGAAAAGCGUUUUGACGGUUUGGCAUCAGACGAGAGUCAAAACAAGGGAUAUAUUCGAAUAAAGACGUACAGACAUUUCUCUCUUAAAUGGAGAAUUUCAAGACCUACGAUACAGGUGUUUGUCACUUUCUGCGGAACAUAAGUUUCAGGGUUUUUAAUAAACGUAAGAAGACUGUUUUCAGCGUUUUUGAACAGAUGUACGUUUUCACUCUUCAUAACUCUGUUGAAUUUUUGAAAAUUUCCUUGCUGUACAAUUCUGUUUAUGAGAUUAGUCUGCCCUCUUUUUUAUAGACUGCUUGAAAUGAAGCAAAUACAGCUUAUGCGUUUCUAAAUUCAUUUACAUACGGAGGGCUGUCAGCCCCCCAAGGAGGGAUGAUAGGUAACAUCAUAAUGCACAAAUAUACAUGAUGUCAUUUAUGCCAAAAAUACUCGUUGACUCCGAUCGUCACAAAUUUGCGAUGACACAAAACGCGCAAAAAAGAUGUUGUUGGCAUUGUUGCUUUUUUGCUGAUUGGUUUAAUUCAGUUUUACCAAUCACUUUAUUAUUACAGUGGCGUUCCGAAGUUUACAAGGAAAUGGUCAUUGGAACAUUAUAAUAGCUCAAACAAUUGAUGCAAAAUUGCUAUUUGAAAUUUUGUUGUCGGAAAGUCGGGUCUACUGAAGAAAUGGCAAACUUCGGAGAUUAUUGGGGAGAUUUCAUAGUCUUAUCUGGAGCCCAGGAGAGACGGUCCGAAAUGUGGAGUCUUCCAGGUUAUCCGGGAGAGUUGAUGCCUUUGUUGCUUUUGUUGAAACAUGAUUUUGCUUUUUUAAAUGGUUUUUAUUUUAUAAUCCACUCAAAAUACAGUGAAAAUAGAUCAGGAGCGAUUUUUUAAAUUUAAAGUUUUGAAUUGAUCGUUGCUUUAAAAGCCGCCAUAUCUUAACCAUCUGGAUUUGUGUUUUGUGGUUCAAUUUUAUCUUUGUUUAAAGUCCACUUUCCUUUGUUUUUGGAUCUGGUGACAUAUUAUCAUAUAUCACAUAUCUGGUGUGCUGUCACACUAGCGAUUUUGCCCACGGGCAAAUGGCUGAUUGCCUAUGGGGAAGCCAGUUCUGUGUGUGACCCAUUUCCCUAAGGUGAAACCACUUUAGGAUGGAGUUUGCUUUUCUUUUAAGCGUGAAUGAAGUUGAUGUCUUCCUUUUUAGUCUCAAAAUUAAGGGCUGAAUCGCUAUUGCCAAGCUUAAUUGUUGUGAUGGUUUUAUUAAAAGGAUAAAAGUGGUUGAAACAGUUUACGAUUUAUGUCAGUCUUCAACUUGUACGACGACUUUUCCCGCGUAACCGGGGUCAAGUCUUUUCUUCCCCUUGGGCAAUUUAUCGCUGUGUGGCCACAAUCAUAAAAGUGAUCAGAACCGAGAGUGAGCCCAACCCAAGCUAUUUCCCUAUGGGAAGACUUCUAGUGUGACCGCACCUAUUCAGGGUGCAAAGAAAGUCAGUUUUACAGCCUGCCAUUCAGGCAAGCUGUGGCUAGCAUGUACUAACCCACAAGUCAUUCCAACUAGCCCCAAAACCCUUUUUGAUUAGCAGGAUUGAUUACAAUCCUUCUGUAAUUUGAAUUUCCCCAAAAAGCAGCACUUGCCCGUCGGGCAAGUUAAGAACAAAAAUCUCUAGACAAGUCUGAUAGCAACAUCCACCUAGUCUAGCCCCAGGCUAUCGGACACGACUUUCUUUGCAUGCCGCUAUUAAUAAUUUUAUUUAUAGUAAUGGGUCAAAACAAAGGAAAAUGUAUUUUAAACCAGGGAUAAAUUUCACCACAACACAUACAACUUUCCAAAAUGGCAUCAAAGUGUUACUUUCUUUUAUACAUGUAUUUGUGUUAAUAUUAGUCCCCUUUGCCUCAAUAAUUGCAUCUGCAAAAUUCAAAUGACAGAUCUUUUACCUUAAACCAAGACAUUGCAAACUAGCUAGAUAUAUAUAUAUCAUGAAAACAAAAACAAAAAAAUGGCACAGUUUUGUUAUAUAUUCCCUGUUAAACUUCUCAUAAUGAUUUAUUCAGAGAACUAGGGGUGGUUACAUGCACUGCAAACAGACUUUACUACAAGUACAUGUAGUUAUUUAUUGCCGUCGUUGAAAAGGCAACUGCGGUUUCUUGAAUGCAUUCUGCAGAACCAGGGUUAUCUACCAAAUAAAAAAUAAUUAGUAAUUAAGCAACAUUUAAGGUCAAGGUAUCAAAAUUGUAAUCAACCAAUCAAGCUGCAAUGUGCAUGCUUUGCUUACCUCAUACUUCAAGUGAGUCGAACUCAGGGGUUUCUCCACUGGUCAUUUUGGUCAGUAAAAGAAGGGGCUAACAGGUGCACUUUAGUUUUUGGCUGUGAAAAAAUUAAGAAAAGUUUCUGGUUUUGUGAUUUAUUCACACAUGAUUUAUUUAUAAAAGGCAACACAUCUACUGCAGUUAAAAGGUAUGCAAAGUUCUGAGCUAGGUAUGUGGGAGGGGUACGGUACCAUUUGCCAAUGGAAGGUAUACAAAAAGGGUACCUUUUCUGUCAAACAUGGGAUAUAAAAGGGUAAAGGAGUCUGACCAUGGGGCGGCGCCUCCCUGUAUAAAUCUUUCUUGAGCGCCCCUCCCCCCCCCCUUCUCCCUGGGAGAAGGUAGCCUAGUAAGCCUAACUGUAGAGAGGUUAUUGGGAAUUGAUAGAUCUAGAACUAGGCUAUGUAAGGCUUGUGACUAAUUUACAAUCGAGUCUCUUGUAAUCUCUCAGAUACCACUCAUCUUGGAACUAUAGUCAUGGACUCCUUACCAGCAGGUGCUCCUGUGAGAUUUAUCAGAGACACUGAAACUAAGCUGAAAGCUCACCACAAGAGUUUGGCCAGAUCCUCACUUCCACAUGGUCUGUUUCUGAUGCCAUCAGCUUUAGGAUAUGGUAGACUCGGAGUUUUUACAACAAAGCCAAUUGACGGGCGCGUUAUUUUUGGUCCUUUUAAGGGAAGGAAACUCUCUUCAGCUGAUGUAACAGCCCACAUUGAUUAUUCUAAUUCGUGGGAUGUAAGUACUGAUAUUGUAUAAGAUCACAUUAUACCAAGGAAGUUAACUUUCCUCAGAAUGAUAUCGUAUGAAUGUAUACAGCGUCGGGCCGCCAAGGAAACAAUUCUGAGGCUGUCUAAGAGAAACCGGUCGUUUCGAUACAAAGUAGUUCGAUACAAGUUAAUUCCUUCGAGGUGUAAAUACUUUCCCGUACUUGGCUUAAAGAACAAAGAACAUUCUCCUAAAAUAUUUUUCUUGUUCAAGUGCAAACUUUACUUUAAGUGAUCGAAAUGUUUGUGCAAUUUCACUGUUUGCAAGUUCGUAUCGAAACGACCGGUUUCUCUUCACUAUACUGGAUAGCUUCUGGGCCGACAUAAAAAGAUUAGUAUGCAGAAAGGUUUCCUCUGCAAUUUAUUUACAACAUCACACAUUUGGAUUUGUACAAGGAUGACUUCACAGAUUACUUAGAUCUUGAAGCUAUUAAAAAAAUGUGCUAUUCUUUCAUUUUUCAGGUAGUUAAGACUGAGACUUCUGAAGACUACUUUACUAUUGAUGCCUCAGAUGAACAAAGUAGUAACUGGAUGAGGUUUGUUAAUUGUGCUCAUAGCGAGGACCAACAGAAUCUGGUUUCAUUCCAGCAAGGUGGAGAAAUUUACUACCGCACAUGUAAAGCUAUCGACAGUGGUAGUGAGCUGCUUGUUUGGUUUGAUGACUUCUUCUAUACAAAGAAUAGUUCAACCCAGGCGUUUCACAGCUCAUCUUGUGAAGGUGAGCGACUUAUAGUUAUAACUUUUGCACUCAAGAGCCUCAACAGAAAGGAAGUGAAAACUUUGAUUUGGUAAACAUAAGCGAAUAACUAGUAUUUCCACGAAACCUAAUCAUAGCUCAAUCGAAAAUUGUGUUUGUCUUUUCUUCAGGGCGGAAUCAUUUUGUUUGCAAGAACUGUAACCUGGUAUUCCUUGGACCAUCGUAUCUCCACCGCCAUAAAGAACGUAGGUGUCCUAUGCUGAGUGAAAUUAGCCCCUUGCAAACGGAAGACAAUACACAUGUAGAAUCAACAGCGGAUAACAAAACGCGAACCUCUGAGAGAAGUGUAAACACCGAAACAACCUCUGCAGCUUCUCCAUCGAAGGAAUACCAGUGUAGUCAGUGUGACAUGAGUUUUAAGACAUCGAAGCUGCUACUAAAACACUAUCGUGUCCAUACAGAUGACUUUCCUUACAAAUGUUGGACAUGUGGUGAGGGUUUUAGGGACAAAUAUUCUAAACUUAAACACACCGAGAAACACAAAGGAAAGUUGAAAUGUUACGAUUGCGGAAAGAGGUACAGUCACAAGUCAGCUUUUCAAGCUCAUGUAUGUCAUGGCGGUGCGAGCAGGGGACACAAAGCGUUUAAAUGCGAACUGUGUGAAAAGACUUUCAAAAAUAAAGACUGUCUUCAAAAUCACAUGCCUACGCAUUCAGAAGUGCCUCAGUUUAGUUGCGACGUUUGCGAUAAGCAGUAUACUCAUAGAUCGGCCCUGUAUAGGCACAAGCGAAUUCAUACCUUGAAUGACGAGACUUCCCAUAGAUUGACUGAUCCUGACAUUAUUCGUUGUAUUGUUUGCCAAAAAGUGUUUGGUGAUGUGAAUACUCUUAAGGUACAUCAAAGAACUCACUCUGGAGAAAGACCUUUCAAGUGUACACAGUGUGGAAAAUACUUUGCGCAAGGUUCAACUCUUGUCGGGCAUUUACGAACGCACGCGGCCCAUCCUCACAAACCAUUCAAGUGUAGCGAUUGCGGAAAAUGCUUUGCACGUGUGGCCGAUUUUCACAUACAUCAAAGAAUACACACUGGUGAAAAGCCAUACGAAUGUGACCAAUGUGGAAAGCGUUUUCGACUAAAUUCCUCUCUCUCUAAACACAGGCAGGUCCAUCUCCCUGUAGAGCUCAGAGCGGCUAACGCAAAGAAGAACGGUUCAACAGUUUGGAAUUGUGAGUACUGCGGUAAGGUGUUCACCAUCAACUCACACUUUCGAAGGCACGAGCGCACGCACACGAAACCCUUCAAGUGUGCACACUGUGAUAAGCGUUUUUCUCGAAAGGAAGAUCUUGCGCUGCAUCGUGAGGCUCACAGCAAUGAAAAACACGAAUGUUGGGUUUGUGGGAAGAUUUUUAUUAGUUUCGAUAAAAUGAGAACUCAUAUCUGUAUACAUACUGGGGAGAGGCCAUACACUUGUCCUGUCUGUGAAAAAGGAUAUAUAUGCCAUAAAAACUUCAGGAGACAUGUGCGUUCCCACAAAACGCCUUCAAGUUAA